GUCAUGGAUGUGUCUUGAAUGGACAGACACGGCUUGGGAGAGAGAACAGCCCUGCUAUAACAGGUACACCCUCUCCCGGGGUUAUUAUGAAAAUAUCAGGUGACGUAGGCGGUGGUCUUCCUGCGCCGUGAUUGGUCGAGGUUUGUUGACCUUCCACACAACCCUCCCACUUCCCCCGUCGGCUGUUAUAACAUUGUGCGUAACGUUAGUAGUCAGCAGCAGCGCGCCCGAGAGCAGGCCGCUGUAUCUUCACUUUCCUAACAGGAGAAAAUAUAUACAAGAGGUGCCACUGGGAACUAGACGAACUAUUCUACUUUGGAAUCCCUUCUCCUUACGGAUCGCGUUACUUGUGUGGACUGCAGGCUACUUUUGAAAAUCAUGGACAUGAAUGUGCGGAGACCCAAACGCCCGGCCAGGACGGCGGAAGACUCUUGCAGCUGCGGCAGCACGCACCCGUGUUCCGGGACGCCGGGUUCCCGGGGAACAGCGGCCAGCCGCAUGCGGAUCUCCAUUCAUCCCACCACCGGUGGGCAAUUCGAACUAGACGUACCUUGUCAUGAGACUGUAGAGGAACUAAAGCGAAGGAUAUCCAAACAGCUGAAAGUGGCCAAGGACAGAAUAAUGUUGCUGCAUCGGGACAAACAACUGAAGCGGGGUUCCUUGGACGAGAACGCCGUGUCAGAAGGAAGUAGAAUCACGCUGCUGCCGGCCGUCGAGUCCGGCUUGAUCUCUCAAAGACCAGAACAGACUGUUAUGCAGGCACUGGACAGUUUAUCAGAAACACAGGUGAAUGACUUCCUGUCUGGCCGGUCCCCCCUGACCCUGGCGCUGAGAGUCGGCGACCACAUGAUGUUCGUGCAGCUGCAGCUCGCGGCUCACCAGAUCCCCGCCAGCCACCAGCCAGCCAACCAGGGUGCAGCGCACAAACGUUUCGCAACAACCAAUAGCAAAUCAUCCUCCUCCAGCUCUGCUGCUACAGCCACUUCGACCACUGCCACACCACCGUUGUCAUCGCGCCAUCAUCCGUCCAAGAACUUCGCACCAUCAUCGUUUGCAUCGUCAGCAGCAUCUUCAUCAUCUUCUUCCUCUUCUUCGUCAUCAUCAUCUUCUUCUUCGUCUUCUUCUGGAUCACAACAGAAGUCAUCUUCCUCGAAGCAGGGUGCAUUCAUCGAGAGCAUCAAGAAUCAUGGACCAGGCAUCUACUCAGGGACAUUUUCUGGCACGUUGAGUCCUUCCCUUCAAGAUGACCAGGGUAGACCUCGGAGAGACAUCAACACCAUCUUGCACAUCCUCAACGACCUCUUGGGGGCAACACAGCGAUUUUCCUUCGGACCCGGCGGUACUCUGUCUAGCGAACCACCGGCGCCAGAGACGACCACGGCCAGACCCCGGAAACCGACACCACCACCUCGUCCUCCUGAGGUCAGCGCGGCUCACAUGGACGAGGAGAAUCGUGCCACGAGAGGGAAGGUCGAGCAGCUGCAGCUCCUGAUGCAGCAGACCCGGCUCCGACGCAAGGCCCGCCGCGAGCAGCGCACGCCCUACUGGACCAGCGGGCGGAAAUCCUCACGGUCAGACAGCACGGGCAGCAGUAGUAGCGACUCCGGCGCGUCCGUAGACAUGGACAUUGAGAGCUCCGUGGCGGCGUCCGAUAGCAACGGCUACCCCAAGAUCAACCCGGAAUACGUCUUCGCUUGAACGGAUAGCAUCAAACUGUUUGACGUUUUCUUGACUGGCUUGACCGAGUUGGUUGUUGCAACCCUACUUGCCUGACAACUCAAGUUGAUGCCAUUGGGUGUUGCUUGCCUGCAAUUCAAACUUGAACUGUUGACCUUUGGGUCAAGGGUCACUUGGUGAGUGUGGUUAAAGGGCUGUGGCAUUGUGGUUACUGAGCAAGUCCCUUUGCACUGCACUAGGUGGGUGAUAAACCACUAACAGAUAAAGCAGUAUGUGACCUCUAGUCUUGGGGUGGAUCGAAAAUAUGGACCAAUUGACUUUUGUGUGGUAUGAUGACGUUUUAGUCAGAGAUGGGGUGUAAGCUAGCUUGAGGUUUACAUUUAGUGAGAUGAAUGGUAGUGCAGCGGUCUUAGCCCCCUUGUACUAGUGCUUGUUGUAGAAGUUGUGAGUAUAAUAGGCGAUGCAUUCUGACACCGAUAACCAGAAUCGUUGCUUGACAUUUGCAAUGUUCCCAGUCCCUUGUGGCUAACUCAGCCCACUGUGGCUACCAAUGAAACGACUUAAACCCUGGCCCCCGCGCUAGGUUGUUACCACGGAUACAAAUAACAAGAAAAUACACCAUCAUGGACGACAUGCAAAUGUAAAUACUUACCCAGAAUCCACUGUGCGUCUUGCACAACUUGUCACUUUUGCUGGCUACCUCUAAUGUGUGCUGUAAUUAGCCCUGCAGAUCAGAAACAAACUGUCUGUUAGGUAAAUCUUGAAUUAACCUGGUUUGUAUAAAUUUAAGUCCUGGUACUUUUCUGUUCUGUGACUCAUAUAUAAGACUUAACAUUUUUUUGUAUGUCACUUUGUUUAUGCUUUUUCUUUUUGCAUACAUUGGUGUGCUGUAAUGUUAAUACACAGUGAUCAUCACAUUUUGUUAUUUAUCAGGAAUACAUGUCAUGCUGCAUUUAUACAGAAUCCUCUCAAAUCAUGUCUUCAUCUUGACUGUUGUACUUACUUGUACAAAUACCUCCACUGCCUCCUUUUGAAAAUACCUCCACUCGAGAGAGAAAUGAAAUAAAAGACUUGUGAUUCAGACUCCUGGUACAGUAGAUGUUUUAGAGACUUGUAUGACGACUCAUAACCUACUCUUGGGAAAGGUUAGAACAUCCAUAUACGGACUGAAUGUAGUAGAAACUGCACUUCUAGCAAACUCUAGGACUGGCAUAUUGUUGUUGGAGGGGUGGCACUCUAAGCUUUGUCUUCGGAUGGUAACUUCAGAUCCAGCCAUUGAAAUAUUGCUAUUUAUUCAGGAAAGGCACAAUCAACAACUACCAGAAAUAGAAAAAAAUAUUGCUAAUUGCAAUGGGCUUAUAGUGCCAGGACCAUGGUUUUCCCUCCCCCUUCAAUAUGCCACAUGGUACAUAGUCAUAGACUGGAGAGAACUCUCGCUAACAUACUCUUGCACGCACACAGUAUGUCUGUCAUGGGCACCUGCUUCAAAGCCGUACAGGUUGAGGCAUUAAACAGUGUUAUUCUGUCGGUAGCGACCAGCGAUGCAGCAGUUGUGAAUGGCCAAAAUGUCAAAGGUGUGCCCCUCCCCGAGUAAAGGGUGGACAACCUUUCGAAACCUGAAGGGUUUUCCCUUGCUUUUUUCCUGUGAGCUUGUUAUGUGGGCAAUGCUGAUAUCACAAGUUAUCCCAGUGACGCAAGUUCUCUGGCUGAGCUUGUAUUAGCCGAAUGCCCCUAAGCUGUAAUAAUGCAUCUGCUAUCUUGCUGGUCGCACCAAACAAUAGUUGUAAAUGAUACCAAGAUGGAACUACAAUCCAAUGUACAUAUCACACAACUCCCAACUGUAAAUGGUACAUACCCUUCUUAGGUAGGUUGGAAUUCAUUUAAAGUACAAACUGCUGCCUGGAUUAGUAUUCUACAGACUGUGUAACCGAAGACUGGAAUCUUGUUGGUCCAAACCCAACAAACGGUUUCGCUAUUGAAACAGAACGUCAGAAUGUAUGACAGUUUAAUCUAUGUCAAGAUAAUGACAAUAGCAAUUGUAUUGAUAGAAUGUAUGUGUUAGAAUAGCCAGAAGGAUGGAUACUCCUGUACAUGUGUUAUACAUAGUAAUGUAUUAUAUAUAAACAAUUUACAUAUGUGUGUAAACUGCAUGCUAGCCAGGUAUUGAGUAGGGAGAAACCAAGUAUUUUUUUGGUGAGAUUUUUCCGUGUAUUUGCACAUUGUAUGAUAUGCAAUUUCAUGUGUGAUAAUCACGGAAGGUACUUCAGUGACAGUACUACACUACAGUUCAGCUGACUUCUCUCUCGCUCUCUGUAUGUUUUGGUGUCAUAAUGAUCUUUUAUUUGCUGUGUUUUCACGCUGGAUGGUGUAAUGUCGCAAUUUCAUGCCAGUUGUGGAAUACGUGUCCCGGAGAGGACGCCCCAACGUUCAAUAAAAAUUCCAACAGAAUGGUUGAAAUCAUGAACAUAAA